AUGGUAUACAGCGCUAGGGAUAGCGUCAUGACGCUAUUUGAUCCCCUCUUGAAUGCAAAUCCAGGCGCUUCUCAACGUCUGGAGCCAGUUGAUGUAGCUUUUGUGCGAGUUCAUGGCAUACUCUUCUCUGGCGCGCAUGAGGAUCAGCUCGAGCCCUCAAUGAAGCAAUUCCUGGAUCUUCUAGAUAGUCGCAUUGGAAGAGAACAUGGAUGUUGGCUUGAAUCUGGGUAUUUCAUUGGCAUCUCAUUAAGCUGUCUGCUCCUAAGUUUUGGAGACGCGUCAAAUGUCCUUAUGAAUGCCGUUUUGAAGAGUCAACAAACAGACGACAUUAUAAUGCUUCCGGAUCCGGUGCUGACUGACGCAUUCAAAACGGCGGUGAGAUUUACAGCUCGCACGUAUGAGAUUGUUAUUGCUCGGUGGGGUGACAAGAACACGUUUCCCUGCCUUCAUACCCUCCUAGUAUUCUACUGGUUUAUGAUGGAUUUUGACGUAGGGAGACAGUACUUAGAGGGCUCCCUCCCAUGGGAACAGACUGCUUUACUACUUAACCAUCUGUUACGGACCAGCGAGUAUACGCCACGGUUAGAUACUCCGGAAAUUCCGUGGCCCGAAGUUGGUAAGGCGCAUCCUCUUCCCGAAGACUAUGCUAUGCGUGGUUUAAUCUAUACUGGAACCUAUUUCCCGAAGAACUGGUUUGAUAAUACGGCGAUUGAUGAUGAAGAAAAGUACUUUGAGCCUGCGUCAACGCAUGGCAAUGAGGAAAAGAAGACUACACUGGGACCAGAACACUAA